AUGGCUACCUGGCAGUCCCUCAGAGCGACUGGGCUGGAGACACUUACUAGUGGCCUUCCUGUAGACCUGAUGGCAGUCCUUCAGAAGCUUGGGAAAGCAGAUGAGACAAAAGAUGAGCAGUUUGAACAGUGCGUGCAGAAUUUCAACAAACAGCUGUCCGAAGGAACGAGGCUGCAGAAGGACCUCCGAACUUACUUGGCUUCUGUAAAAGCCAUGCACGAGGCCUCCAAGAAGCUGACAGAGUGUUUGCAGGAAGUUUAUGAGCCGGAUUGGCCUGGGAGAGAUGACACAAAUAAAAUAGCAGAGAACAAUGAUCUCCUCUGGACGGAUUUCCAUCAGAAGCUGGUGGAUCAGGCACUUCUGACCAUGGAUACAUACCUUGGCCAAUUUCCGGAUAUUAAAUCUCGUAUAGCGAAGCGAGGAAGGAAGCUUGUGGAUUACGACAGUGCCAGACACCAUUUUGAAGCCCUGCAAACUGCAAAGAAGAAGGACGAAACGAAAAUUGCAAAGCCUGUUUCGCUGCUUGAGAAAGCCGCGCCUCAGUGGUGUCAAGGGAAGCUACAAGCUCACCUCGUUGCACAAACUAAUCUGCUCCGAAAUCAGGCUGAAGAAGAGUUAGUAAAGGCUCAGAAGGUGUUUGAGGAGAUGAACGUUGAUCUGCAGGAGGAGCUGCCCUCACUAUGGAAUAGUCGUGUUGGUUUCUACGUCAACACAUUCCAGAGUAUAGCAGGCCUAGAAGAGAACUUCCAUAAAGAAAUGAGCAAGUUGAACCAAAACCUCCAUGAUGUCCUGCUGGGUCUAGACAAGCAGUACUCAGCCAAUGCCUUUCCCGUUAAAGCACAGCCCAGUGACAGCACCCCAGCGAAAGCAAAUAAAAGCCCCUCGCCUCCACCAGAUGGAUCUCCCAUCACCAGCCCUGAGACCAAGACUGUCAACCAUGAGCUGGAAUCGUCCACUUUGGAAGCGCCUGGGGCAAGCAUCCCAAAGUCACCAUCUCAGUUGAGGAAAGGGCCUCCGGUGCCUCCGCCUCCAAAAGUCACCCCCUCCAAGGAGAUCAAGCAGGAGAACAUCAUCAGUCUGUUUGAUGACAAUUUUGUCCCUGAGAUAAGUGUGACAACCCCUUCGCAGUUUGAUGCCCCUGGGCCCUUCCAGGAGGGAGCCAGCCUGUUGGAUCUGGAUUUUGAUCCCAUUAAACCAGAUGCCACUGUGGGGAAGACCCCCACACCCGCCUCCCAGUCUUUACCUUGGGAUUUAUGGGAGCCUGCAGAAGCAGCCCAUGCAGGAGCUGAAGCAGCUGGAUCAGAAGCAGCAGCUGGAGCUGAAGCAUCUAAAACUGAAGCUGAUUCAGGAUCGAGCUCUCUGCCUGCUGUCGUUGUGGAAACUUUCCCUGCUACCGUCAAUGGCACUGUGGAAGGAGGUGCUUCGUCUGAAAGAGCUGACAUGCCCCCAGGAUUUCUGUUCAAGGUCCAGGCCAUGCAUGAUUACACGGCCACUGACAGUGACGAGCUGCAGCUGAAGGCCGGGGAUGUGGUGCUUGUGAUUCCAUUUGAGAACCCUGAGGAGCAGGAUGAAGGAUGGCUGAUGGGCGUGAAGGAGUCUGACUGGAUCCAGCAUAAGGAACUUGACCAAUGCCGAGGGGUGUUCCCAGAGAAUUUCACAGAGCGGGUGCAGUGAAAGCCCAAGCCCACCAGCCGCAUUUCUGCUGGAAGAAAGCAAGUUUUCUGGUAGAUAAUUGAAAAAGAACAGCGAAAUGAAAAGAAGAGAGAAUUUUAAAGGAACAGAAGCCAGAAAAAAAAGUCAACUUAAAGGGUGUGUUCUUCUCAAAGGGCAAGGUUUCAGAAGUAAAUUGAAAUUCAAAGUGUUAUCAAAAUAUAUACAUAUUAAUAAUAAUAAGGCAAGUCAAAUACCCUCUUCCCCCUUUGGUUUUAACAGCAUUUGGAUUCAGAGGACUGAUGCAGAAGCAACUCAGUGUGGUUCUCUAAAUACUGCAUUGACUGAAUUGGUGAGAUGUCAGUCUGAUCCCUACAAAGGCAGUAUUUGUCUAAUGGCUUGGGAGCAGAAGCUGCAUUUGCUCUUGGGUGGGUUCAUCUGUUUUGUCUUGAAAGUGGCUUGCAUGGCAACCGUAAAAAUUCAGCCUUCCCAACAUGUUCAACCUACAGUAGGCCAAACUUUCUGCUAUGCUGUUGAAAAAAAUAUUUAGUGUAUAGUGUCCACCAAUACAAUGUAUGUGUGUGUGCGCGUGUGUGUAUUUUAUUUUCUUCCUUUAAAACAAUGUUACACAAACUGUGAUUUUGUACAUGUAAAGAUAGAAGAAACUACA